CGCUCACUCGCUGUUUUCCGCCUGAGUGCAGGUGUUGCGUCUCCUUGGCUACUGUUCAGCACGCGCGACCCCGUGUCCGGAUCCACAUUAGCGCACCUCAGCUCACAGUCUGUCCGCUCAAAUGGCACCUUAAUCACCUGGGGCUGUUUUCUUUCUUUCUAUUUUCUUUCUUUUUUUUCUUUUUCUUAUUUUUUUAACUAAAAGUGGUCGUUUAUAUCUGGAAAGUGGACGAGAAAUCUGUUCUCUCUCAUCGGGCACCCUUUCUGUCUUUGUCUUUCUCAGGUGGAUGUCAUAGAGCAUGAACCUCAUGGAACCUCCACAGAGGCAGGCAAAUGGGGUGGCCAGAUCUGACAGCAAGAUCAGUGCCAAAGCCCUAUUCGAACAACGCAAGAAAUACUCCAAUUCAAACUUCAUUAUGCAAGAAACAUCUCAGUACCACGUCCAGCAUCUGUCAACAUUUAUGAUGGACAAGGCUGAGUCAAUAGCCACAAUAGAUGAUGCAGUGAAGAAACUCCUUCUUCUGGAGUCUAAAGGUAAAAUCUGGACCCAAGAGAUGCUGCUGCAAGUCAGUGACAAAGCAGUCAAGCUUCUAGACUGCGACACAAUGGAGGAGCUGGAGAACUUUCCUCUCUCUAUAGUUCAUCACAGUCAGACAGUGAUAAAUAAGACACGGUACCCAUCUGUCUUGCUGUUGGUCUGCCAGGACAGUGAGCAGCACCGACCAGACAUUCACUUCUUCUACUGUGAUGAGGUGGAGGCAGAAAUAGUGCACGCUGACAUCGAUAGUGCUUUAGGAGACAACAAAAACGGCAAGAAGAUGAGACCUCAAACGCUAAAGGUGAACCAGGAAAAAAUGAAGCGACAUAGGGAGACAAUCAUCCCACCCUCAGAGUCGAAAGAUUUAUCUCCUGGAAUAAAAGGACGUGUGGCAGCUAUGGACAUGCAAAAUGUAGAAAGACGAAGUUCAGCACAGCAGGACACAGAAUCCCAUGAGAAAUUAGCUCAGCGCAUCGAGAAGGAAGUGCAAAUUCUGAACUGCGCUCUGGAUGACAUCGAGAUCUUUGUGGCACGGCUUCAGAAAGCUGCAGAAGCGUUUGCCCAGCUCAACCAGCGUAACAAGAGCAGAAAAAAUAAGAAAAAAGGACCAGCUGAGGGGAUGCUAACUCUAAGAGCCAAACCUCCGUCUGAGGCCGAGUUUGUUGACACUCUCCAGAAGCUGAAGCUCUCUUUGAAUCUGCUGGCCAAACUGAAGAAGCACAUUCAGAAUCCCAAUGCUGCAGAACUCAUUCACUUCCUGUUUGGACCCCUUGAGAUGGUCUUGCAGAACUGCGGGAGUCCUGACCUGCCUCGUGCAGUCAUCUCUCCUCACCUGUCUCGUGAAGCGGUGGAGUUUCUGAAAGGACACCUGACUCCUAAGGAGAUGACCAUUUUUAAUCUGAUGGGUGAUGGCUGGACAAGACCCAGAGCUGAUUGGUCCAGGGACCAGUGUGCUCCUCUCUACAUCCCACAUUUCCGUAAUGGCUGGGAGCCUCCAGUGGAAUUGUUUCGAACGUCACCAUGGGAAACUGAGUGCUCCAAUAUGUCCUCCAUGUCGCAGGAAGAGUUUUUUGGCUCACAGUCCUCACUGUCAUCAAAUGGUUCCUUCACAGCAACUUCUCGGAAAUACGUGAAGGUCCUCUACAGCUUUGUGGCUCACAAUGUCAAUGAGCUGUCUGUUCUUCAGGAUGAGGUUUUAGAGGUUAUUGAGAGUGAUAAUCAGUGGUGGAAGUUGAGGAACAGGAGUGGACAAGUGGGCUUAGUGCCCUCCAACACCCUAGCUGUCAUUACGACAGAGGAUCUUCACAGUAUGGACCCAAUCUUCAGCCAGUCAUUUUUAGGUACAUCUCCUUCUAAUUCUCUGGGGAGAGGAAACAGUUUUGAAAUGCCAAGAUCACCACGGGAUAAAGAUUUCCGCAUUCAACAGAUGGACGAAGUAAACGAUGAGCUGCUGAAAAAGAUCACCUCGAGCAAGAACCAACCGGCAACACGCAACUUCAAAGUGGAGCGUCACUCUGGUCCUGCCGUUUCUCUCAAGUUGGAUUCGACCCCUGCUGAAGUCACUGCCUGGCUCCACACCAAGUAUUUUUCCAAGGCGACGGUGGAUUGUUUGGGAAUUCUGAGUGGUGCUCAGUUGUUUUCUCUGAAUAAGGAAGAACUGAAGGCAGUAUGCGGAUAUGAAGGCUCACGUGUCUACAGCCAGAUCACUGUGCAAAAAUCCCAGCUAGAGAAAAGCCAAGGAGACUCAGAGCUGCAGGAGAUCAUGAGAAAGCAGCAAGAGAAAAUCGCCUCUGCCUCCAAGUGAUUGUGGUCUUUUCAAAAUAUGAAUCAAACAAUCAGCAAUACAAGCUUGUGUCUGUAAUAUCAAUGACUCAUCAUAAUAAUAAUAAUAAUAAUAAUAAUAAUAAAUGGAGAACAUGGGUAAGCUUCAGCAAUGCUUUUGACUGAAGUGUAUGACCCUGCAUUGUCUUUAAUGUAUUUCCUCUUCAUACCGUCACACACUAAGUUUGUAUACACUUAAUUUGUCUAUUUAUUUUGUUUUAGAGAGGCCUCUGUCUUAAUUACAUCAGAACAUUUUUCUUAAUACAGCACUCAAAAAUAAAAAUGAAGGGAACACGUUAAUCACAUAUUUGAUCUCAGUGAAUGAAAUAGUCAAGUAAAAGUUUCUUACCUACAUACACUGUGUAAUUCGUUGAGAACUGAAAGGUGUGACAAUAGUCAAUGGUAAGACCAAAAUCAUUAAAGAAAAAAGGGCUAGAUUCAAAAUCACACCAAAAAGUCAAAAAUGUAAAUAACAAGCUGAUUCAACUGAGGCAAUUGGUAAGUCAGUAGUGUGCCUGUAUGCUCUUUUAACAAUUUCUGAUGCUCCUGAUGAAUUAGCAGAUGGUGUCUAAUGGGAUCUCUACCCAGACCAGGAUCAGGGUAUUAGUGAGUUCCUGGACAGUCUGUGGUGCUACUUGGUUGCUUUGAAUGCUUCGAGACAAACUUCUUUGAGGCACAACUCAAAUAAGGCCUAGGGAGCAUGAGGGCCAGGCAACAACAUCAAUGCCUUUGUCAUUUAGAAGCUGUCUACAUGCUGAGGUUGGGUAUUUUUAUGCAUCAGGAGGAACCCAAUGCCCACUGCACCAGCAUUAAGUCUAAAAAUGGCUCUGAGGAUUUAUUCUCGAUACUUGACAGCAAUAAGAGUGCUGUUAGUGAUCAUGUGUCCAUCUGUGUGACCCUUAAAGUUUUUUUUCCCCCAAACCAUCACUGGCCCACUAACCAUGCUGGAUAAUCUGGCAGACAGAAUAAGACAAUUUCAUUAUCUGUCACAUGUGCUCAGUGUUGAUGAAGAGUACUGUUCUGGUGUUGUUUGGCAAAUGUCAAUUGAGCUGUACGUUGCUGGGCUGUAAGCAACAGUCCCAAUUAAGGAGGCUGAGCCCUCAGGCCACCCACAUAUUCUGCUUCUGACAGUUUGGUCCAAAACACACACCCCAGUAGUCUGCUGGAGGCCAUAUUGUAGGGCUCCGGCAAUGCUGCCGGUUGUUGCCCGUUCAUGGCCCUGAAUAGCUCUCUUAUAUAAUGGCUUAUCUCUGGCCUAUCUUCUCCAUGCUUAUGAAACUGUGCUGGGAGACACUCCAAACCUUCUUGCGAUGGCAAUCUUGGAUGUGCCAUCCUAAAGGAGAUUAUGUUCAAAUAAUCACAAAUGUGUUGAUUAAGUGUUCCCUUCUUUUUUUCUUUUUUUUUAACAGUUUGCUUGCUUAUUUAUGUGUGUAAACUAUUAAGCAUUGUCUCUGCAUAAAAGGUGUGUAUGAGAGACAGAAUUUGUCAAUAGUGGUGUCAAUGAUUUAUUUUCUAGUUUCAAAAUGAAUGUUUUGCAUUCUGCAUUUCAUCACAUUUAAAUGCCAUUUUUAAUCUGGAUAUUUGUUUUUCAAAGGUGACUCAUUUGUAAAAUGUACAGUAAAUAAUUCUGUCUGCAGAUCCAAUGUUCGAAUGCUGAUUUCUGUCAUGAAGUAUGAUGUAGCUGGUAGCACCUCACAGCCCCAGAGUUUGGUUGAUCUCUGUGCAGUGUUUCAGAUAUUCUUUCGGUGUCCGUAUGAGUUUACUCCAUUUUUCUCUUAUCACCCAAAAUAAAAGCUAGUAUAUUGACCGGUUAUGCUAAAUUACCCUUAGGGUUGAAUGAGUGUGAAAAUGUAUGUGCAUGGUGUCCUAUUCAGGGUAUAUCCCCUCCUUGUGCCCAGUGUUCAUAGGAUGGUCUACAGAUCGACCCAGACCAUGAUAGAUCAGGUUACCGAAGAUGACUGAAAUAAUGUACAAUGAUGCAGGAACAUAAUAAAUUCUGCUGAUGCUAAUGUAAUAUAUUUGUUUGUUUUAUGGUUUCGAAAUUGAGUUAAUGUUUUACUAACAAAUACUAGCUUCAUGUAAAUGAGGAAGUAAAAGGCAAGGUGUUGACAUUUGUGUGAACAUUAUACACAGCUAUUUAGUCACUGGUUGAUUUCCAGAAUGCAUAUGGGGAAAUCUGCAUUAAUGACUGUGUGUCAUAAUAUUGUCAAUAAUAACAUGUAAUAAUAGUCAUGAUAGAGUACUGCAGAGCUUUAAUAACAGUCAUAGCUGGUCUUGAGGUGUGUUUUUCUGGUAUGCAACUGUGGUGGUUCAAGAAAAACAACCACUGAACCAGCACCAGUGGUGCUCUAGGCUCAUUGAUGCAUGUAAGCAGCAAUUUUCUUAGCUGAAUCAAAAUUAUGUUUCAUGUGUUUUACUUCAGUUUGGGGUCUGUAUAUGUUCAUGUACAUGAAAAUAUUGGUAUUAUCAUAUUUGUGUAUGUGUGGGUGUGUGUGUGUGUUUAUACACUUGAAUACUAAGAGUAACAGUUAAUAUUGUAAUUGUGGAUCGAUCAUUUGCAACCUGUUGUAGUCUGUCUUGAUUUUCUUUUCUUUCUGAUAUUUGUAAAAAAAAUACUUUUAAUAAAAAAAACACAGAAUACUG